AGGUGCUCGCGUUGAGUUUGGAACAGUUAGUGAUAACUGAAUCUUGCUGCACAUCGGACGUGCUUUGCGAACUUAAGAGACUCGGGAAUUUAAAAAUAAAAUUAACUUAAUUAAAAUAAAGUUCAAUUUCGACGCAAAAUUUAAAAGGACAGACACAAAAUGAUGUUGCAGUUGACAUCUUUAAUAUGGAUCUGUUUACUGGCGAUGACUGAACUAGGCAGCAAUGCCUCUCGCAUUCUGUUUAUGGGCCCAUUUCCAGCGCCAAGUCAUUGGAUGUGGCUGGAACACUUUCAGCGAGAUCUGCUGCAACGUGGACACCACGUGACCAGCGUCAACAAUCAUCCGACGAAAACACCGCAUGAGAAUCUAACUGAGAUUAUACUUAAUCCAACUUUUGAUAUACCCAAGCACUUUCCUAAGAAGAAUAUCUUCAGCAUGCAAUUUGCCAGUGAUUUUCAGAAUCUACAAAUGUGGUGGCAAAUUGGAUUGAUGACGACGGAACAUGCUUUGCAGGAUGCGCAGCUGAAGCGACUGAUUGACAGUCAGAAUGAACACUUUGAUCUGGUUAUUUUGGAGCAGUUCUUUCAUGAGGCAUUCCUCAUGUUUGGCAGGAAAUUUAAUUGCCCUGUAGUGACCAUUGGCACUAUGGGCUAUGCUGACAAUAUGGAUCAUGCUAUGGGCUUGAUAACACCCUGGUCGGUUAUACCACAUCUGCUGCUGCCACAUACGGAUCAUAUGACCUUCUCCCAGCGUGCCUACAACACAUACCUGUCCUUAUAUGAUGCUCUAAUGAGACGUUGGUAUUAUUUACCCAAAAUGCAGCAACUGGCGGAGACGUAUUUUGGAGCAGCUAUUAAAGGUGCUCUGCCGCAUGUCCAUGACUUGGAGCGCAACAUAUCGCUGAUGUUGAUCAACAGCCAUCGCAGUGUAGAUCUGCCUCGUCCCAGCAUGCCAGGUCUCAUCAAUGUGGGCGGAGCACAUAUUCAGCCAGCCAAGAAGUUACCUAUGGAUAUGCAAAACUUUCUGGAUAAUGCCACACAUGGUGUGGUCUAUUUCAGCUUGGGUUCCUAUAUGAAAAGCACAGAUAUGCCGCCAGAGAAGACGUUGCAAAUACUUCAAGCCUUUGGCCAACUCAAGCAGCAGGUGCUCUGGAAAUAUGAAAAUGCAUCCAUUGGUCAGUUACCUCCCAAUGUUAUGAUCAGCAAGUGGAUGCCACAGAAUGAUAUCUUGGCACAUCCGAAUGUGAAAUUAUUCAUUACACACGGCGGCAUUUUUGGCACCCAGGAGGGCAUCUACUGGGGAGUUCCGAUGCUGUGUAUUCCCCUGUAUGGAGAUCAGCAUAGGAAUACCAUCAAAUCAGUGCGUGAGGGUUAUGCUCGUUCCUUGGUUUUCUCAAAGUUCACAGUCGAUGAUCUGGUGCGGAAUAUCGAGACGUUAAUCUAUGAGCCACAAUACAAAAGAAGUGCUUUGGAGGUGUCACAGCGUUUCCGUGAUAAUGCCAUGCAUCCCCUGGAAGAGGCCAGUUUCUGGAUCGAAUACAUCAUAAGGCAUCGUGGUGCCAGGCAUCUCAAAUCACAGGGCGCCUUCAUUCCUCUCUAUGAGUAUCUGCUGCUCGAUGUGAUUGGCUGUGUUCUCCUCGCCCUGUGGUUGACUGUUUGGCUGCCUUGGCGCAUGCUGAGAAAGCUUUACAAAAGAUGGGCCACAACUGCAGACGUAGUUCAGGCCCAGGAGACCAAGAAACAAUUGUAAAUAGGCUUCCUUGUUUAAAUGUUUUCCUAGUUCUUAAGUGUGUAACAGUCACAACAAAUAAAAAGUGAUAUAAUUUUAUAAAUUCAA